UUCUGUUAUGUCAGUGUUGUCUGUUCUAACCUCAAAAUUCAUGUAUUGAUUUCAUCAUUUUCAUUAAUUUCCUAGACAUUCUUGCAUAAAAAAGAAAAAUCAUGUCAACAAAACUAAAAUUAUACUUAGGCAGAAAGGUAAUCGAAUCUCUUACAAAAGCAACCAGUUUGACCACAAUUGAUUUACUUCCUCUAAUUUGUGUCGGAAACACCGCAGUCACAAACACAUUCGAGUUGCACUUACCUUUGACCCUUUUAGAAGACCAACUGGGCGUCCCCAACGUGAACGGAAUCCUAAAAAUCCAGCCCGACGACAUCAUCAAGAGCAUAGUCACGAAAAAAGACCGCGCUAACAGAAAAAUAAGCUUCGAAAUUGAAAAAACAAUUUUCAUUCAAGAUGUGCUGGAGAAUUGUACACAACCAGACAUAAAUUUAAAACCCAAGACAUUAGUCAUAGAUUUUAGUUCCCCAAAUAUCGCCAAACCCUUCCACAUGGGUCACUUACGCUCAACCAUAAUAGGGAACUUCAUUGGCAACUUAAACUCCUUUCUACACCACAAAGUUACAAAACUGAACUACUUAGGUGACUGGGGAACCCAGUUUGGUUUUAUUAAAGUAGGGGUUGAUGAGCUUAAACCUUCAAAAGAAGAUAUUAAACGCAAUCCACUGAAAGUAUUAUAUGAUUCAUAUGUCCAUGCUAAUAAACUUGCUGAAAAAGACCCAAAAGUAGCGGAAAGAGCGCGUCAGGAGUUCAACAGACUGGAAAAAGGGUCACCUGAGGAUGCAAACCACUGGAAGGAAUACAUGCAGUAUAGCAAACAGGAGCUCGAAGCGACGUACAAAAGGUUAGGUGUGGUUUUUGAUGAGUACAAUUUUGAGUCAACGUAUAACGCCAAAAAAAUUCAACCUGUGCUUGAUCUUUGUAACGAGAAGCACGUAACACACAAAGAAAGUGACGGAAAGUUAGUUGUAGACGUUGACAAUGGUAAGAAAAUUCCAUUGGUGAAGAGCGACGGCUCCACGUUGUACUUAACGCGAGAUGUGGCAGCGGCCAUUGAUAGAUUCAAUAAAUACGACUUUGAUAAAAUGCUCUAUAUUGUUGAUAGUAGUCAGAGUGAUCACUUCACUGCACUGAAAGCGGUAUUACGGAAGAUGAAUUUCCCGUGGAGUGAUAGGCUUUUUCAUGUAAAAUUCGGGCGGAUACGCGGCAUGAGUACGAGAAAAGGAACCGCGGUAUUUUUAAAAGAUAUAUUAGAUGAAUGUAGGGACUUGAUGAUUAAGAAACAGAUUGAGUCCCCAAACACCAGGGUGCCUAUAGAUAAUAGUAACGUUUCAGACAUUUUGGGUGUAUCAUGCGUUAUUAUAAAUGACUUAAAGCAAAGAAGACAGAAGGAUUAUGACUUUACAUGGGAUAAGGUUUUGCAGGUUCAGGGUGACACUGGGAUUCGAUUACAGUACACACACUGCCGCCUCUACAGCCUGGAAAAAAAUUCCGGAGCCUUUAAUCCUAAGAAAAUAGCUCCGCAGCUUAUUCUAGAACCUGAAGCUACUAUUCUAAUUAGGGAAUUAGCACGAUUCCAGGAAAUUUUAUACCGAUCCAAUGAGCAACUAGAAGCGUGCUUACUUGUAACUUAUCUCUUCCACUUAUGCAACCAUAUUAACAGAGCCUUCAAAGUGUUACAAGUGAAGAGCGCAGAUCCAGAGGUUGCGUCCCAAAGAUUACUCUUAUUCAGCACUGCCAGGCGCGUUCUAGGAGAAGGAAUGAAAAUCCUAGGUCUACAACCCCUAAAUGAAAUGUGAUCAAUUAUUUAAUAACUUAAGCAGAAUACAUUUUAACGUUUUUUCCAAGUAAAUUUCUUUCUAGCUUUCUCUUGA